AUGUCAUUAUUUGGAAAGAAAUGCUGUAAGGACUCAGCGUGCUGCAACAGAAAAACAUCAUACCUCAAAGUGAUUUUGGAAGAAGAGAAAGAUGUGCUGAAAGAGAUUCUGACAAAAGCAGCGAAAGAAACGUUGACUGAAGCAGUCGAGAGCAAAUUACGCAGCGAACAGUGGGAGGGCUGUUUUGAUGUGGCUAAAGAUCUGAUUAAAGAUGAUUCCACUCGGCCGACACUUAAAGCAAAGAAGCAGGAGCAGCAGCAACAUCCAGAGCAACAACAGGAUCAGCAACAGGAGCAACUCAGAAGAACUGAUCCCACCCAGCCAAGCCGUCCUGAAGCAGCAGCAGGGGAACAGGAUAUUCCGCUUUUGUCAAUGAAGUCAGGUUCCUCAAACCAGCAGUGAAGAUGGUCUACGAUGGUUUCAUUUAC